UUUGUUUACCGCGUUUUUACUACCUGCAUGUUGCUGAUGCACCAAAUAAGAAUAUUUUAAAGAAAAGAAAGAAGAAAAGUAGUUCUUUGUUUGAAAAAUUGUUAAGUUUCGAUAAAAUUUGUUUAAAUUAAACUAAUAAAGUGUUUUUAUGUUAAUUUCUUAUAUUUUGUAACCAAAUGGCAGCAGUAAGAAGAUCCACACGUUUGAGCAGUAUAGGUAAAUCAACACCUACACUUCCUGCCACGCCAAAAACACCGAAACAGGCCAGCUUGUGGCAGCACAGAAAUUCUAGGAAUUCGGUGACCAUACACAGUGACGAAGAGGAAGAAGAAGAACGUUCCUCUAAUUGUAGUAACGAAGAAAAUUGUGAUUUAAUAAAUAAAAUGGAGCAACGUAAGAGAACCUCCGCUAGAAGCAAGAAAACAGUAGAAGCUGAAGAAAUCCAAACACCAAAGAGUAAAAAAUCCACUAAACCUAUGCCUGCUUCCAAAAAAAGAGAAUUAUUAAAAAGACUGCAAUCGGAGGAAGAUGUUACAGCAGAUGAAGAAGACUCGCAAAAGGGUUCGCCUCCCAAACAAGUUAGACAACAGCCUAGCGCCUUGCCCCCACAUGUUAUAAGUCCUUCACGUCUGUUAGAUCGUUUAAGUAUAGAUGAGAAACCUGAAGAAGUGUCAAGUCCACAAAUUUCUCCCAAAAAAGAAAAAGUUAAGGAAACAUCCCCUAAAACUACUCCAGUACGUAAUAAAUAUCAAAAUGCACGUCGUGUGUUAAACAGUGCUGAAUGCCAAAAUCUACCAGGACGUGAAGAACAAUUAGAGGAAUUGCGUUCCUUCUUAAGAGAGCACUUAGAAGCUAAAAAGUCUGGCAGUUUGUAUGUUUCCGGACAGCCGGGUACUGGCAAAACUGCCUGUUUAUCCCUCUUGUUAAGAACACCUGAAUUUAACAAACGUUUACAGACCGUCUAUGUUAAUUGUACUUCCAUCGCCUCUAUAGGAGGAGUCUACAAAAAACUUUGUGCUCAAUUGAACUUAAAACCUCAGGGUCGUACAGAACGUGAUCAUUUGCAGGCUUUACAGCAUCAUAUUAAGUCUAGUCCUAAAAUGCUGCUCAUAGUUCUUGAUGAGAUCGAUCAAUUGUGCAGCUCCAAACAAUCGGUUUUGUACACUAUUUUCGAAUGGCCUUCUAUGCCCGAUGCUAGCAUACUUUUGGUGGGUAUAGCCAAUAGUUUGGAUUUAACUGAGCGUACACUGCUGCGUUUGAAUGCUCGUUGUGAGUUAAAGCCUAAACAUAUGCAUUUUCCUCCGUAUUCCAAACAACAAAUUGUGGACAUUUUUAAAUCCCGUUUGGCGGAGGCGGAUGUAUUGGAUAUUUUUCCUCCAGUCACUUUAAAUCUAUUAGCUGCUAAAGUUAGCGCUGUUAGUGGUGAUGUAAGAAGAGCAUUGGACAUUGGACGACGUGUAGUUGAAAUUGCUGAACAACAAAAGAAAGCCGGAGAAAAAGAAAUCAAUUUGAAAAAUCUUAAUUUACCAGAAGGUAAAAAUCCACAACCUACUAAUGAAGAAAUUCUCAAACCCGUACAAGUUACCCAAGUGGCUGCUGUACUUAAUAAAGUUUAUGGUGCUUCUCAAAAUCUACAAGAAGACAUGGAUGAAGCCUUUCCAUUGCAGCAGAAAAUCAUGUUGUGUUCAUUAAUGUUAAUGCUGCGUAAUGAAAAGAAUAAAGACAUUACAAUGGGUCGUUUACAUGAAGUCUAUAGACGGGUCUGCAACAAACGUAACAUACAUCCCGUAGAUCAAGCUGAAUUUGCCAGUCUAGUGGAUUUAGUACAGACUAGAGGCAUUUUGCGUAUUGUUAAGAAGAAGGAACCACGUCUGAGUAAAGUCCAGCUACAAUGGGAUGAGGAAGAAGUUAAUGGAGCUCUUAGUGACAAACAAUUAAUAGCAUCCAUUCUAGAUGACACCGCCUGUUUGGGCAAAUAGAAUUUAUUUAUAAAUGCCAUUUUUUAAAACUUUUAGACAAAAAUACUACAAACGAAUUUUUUUAAAGGAAGUAAUUUUCACAUGAUAUAUUUUUUCACUUUAUUUUCAUAUCUAUUUUUAAAUUUAGUUUAGUUUCUUUUUUUAAUUAGUAAUUUUAUAGAAUUCACCUGACAUUUUUUCUUAACAUUUACAAACUCAUCUGUUUACUUUUCAUCGAUACACUCUCAUACAAUUUAACAACAAAACCAAAAAUAAAAGAAAGAAAAGUAUUUUUAUACUAAUGAAAAA